GUCGUCAACAGAGGACCCCGCAGUCCACUAUGGCGGUGCCCGGUGGAACUUUAAACUGUGAGGACUUUUCAAUGUUUCAGGAGGUGCUGAAGGUGAUGCGCACCAUCGACGACCGGAUCGUCCAUGCCCUGAACACCACUGUGCCCACAGUUUCAUUCUCAGGCAAAGUGGAUGCCACGCAAACAUGCAAACAGCUCUAUGAAACUAUGAUGGAGGCCCAUCUGAGCAGAGACCAAGCUAUCAAGUCAUGUAUAGCCCAGACAUCUGAAGUGGUUGGACAACUGCGUGAGGAAAGAGCCAAGAACAGUGAAAACCUGGCAAUCAUCAAACAACUCAGAAAGGAGCAGACCAAAUUAAAGCUAAUGCAAUCAGAGCUGAAUGUUGAAGAAGUUGUCAACGAUAGAAGUCUGAAGAUUUUCAAAGAAAGGUGCAGAAUCCACUACACGCCUCCGAAGGUGAAGUGAAGCUGUGGCCUCAGAACAGAUGCUUUACUCAAGGUUCAAAUCCAGACACUGUGACUGCUGCUUCUGAGUCCGGAGUGCAGUCACUUCACAUCAUGUGACAUCACACUUACACUAUAUUCCUAUGUGAUUGUUGUAUUACAUGCCCAUGCUGUAAAGCAGUGUUUCACGUGCUUCUUUAAUAAGAAACAUUGUACAAAAGGAGUGUUGUUGUUUUUUAAAAAAAGAUGGUGAAAAGUG